AUGGGAAUUUUAAGGAGACUGAUUGUAUUGGUCCUUUUCACAUCAAUUUGUACAUUGAUGGCGUCUAUCCCAUGGAAAGUGACUGACAAUCUCGCCGCCACCCACAUCGCCCGUGUGUUUAUCGUCAAGAGGUCCAAGCGCAGACGUACCUUUUCCAUCCUACUUGCAAAUAUCAACAAGAAGUUUUCUAAAUUUCCCCAAAAUAAUAUUUCAGUUGCUACACCCAUCACUACAGAUGAUUCCACGCCUAAUGAUGUUACAGAUGGAUAUACUGAAGGUCAUAUUGAUACAAAGUUAUCAAACAAGCAUUGUGAACAUGAUUCAGCGAAAGAUAGUCAUUUGUGCAAUAAAAAACCGGUUACGGGACUAGAUGCUAGUGUUUAUGAUGAUAAUGUUAUAACUGAUAUAUUGUUAGACAAGAUACCGGUGGAUAUACUUACUAAUCAAAAUAAAAGAUAUGAAGCCAACUCUAAGGAUUUGGAAUUGUUAGAUUGGGUUCUUACUUUUAUAUCAGGGAUCUACAUUGCUUGUGUCUCUUUUGGAGAGUUUUCUAUAUCAUUAAUCGAUCAUUUAACAAAGCUAUCAAAACGAACUGAAUUCUUGUUCCAUAUAUUGUACAAAAUUACGAUAAUACUCUAUUACAUAUUUCGAUCCAAUAUCAAGUACAUUAUUUCUUGGCAUUCAGGUUUACAUCAUUCGAAAAAAAUAAUUGUAUCAACUAUAUUUUACACUUUAUGCAUGGCCACAAGUUUACGUGCCAGUUUUAUGUUAAUAUCAACCAAUUACCACGUGAUAUUUAGGUGCACUACUUUUGCGUCAAUACUUUUUUGCCAGGCACUAAUUAUUUUACACUUAAAGCCAGUAAUAUCGUUCAUACUCUUCUUUUUCAAGAACAUAUUUGGCGUCGUGUGGUCAAUUUUACUAAUAAUUCGCAUUCUAAAGAAUAUGCAUGCCCAGAUACAACUUGAUAACACCUACAAAUCGUUUAAAUUAGAACCCAAUGAUAUUCAAACAGGACAUAUCAAGGGUAAACAUACUAUGAAAGAUAAAACGACGGAGAAUUUACAAAUUAACAGGGAUUUUAUUAUCAGAGAGUUAUCAUGUCUACUAGAAUUUUGGUUACUUCUAACAUGUAUAGACAUGGUCCCAUUGGUAACGUCCAUGAGAUUAUUCAAUUUCUUCUCAUCCCACAUAAUAUUAUUUUCUGCAAUCGAAUCGAUAUUCCAUGUUUAUAUAACAAACAUCAUCAGUAACAAAUGGAUAAAUUUGUCUUUGGGGGCUUUCCGGCAUAUGAUCAUCAAGUUUUUCGAUUUCAUAAUUUGCCUUAUUACAGGCUGGCACGAUAUUUUAGGUUCUAGAUGUAGUAUUAAUGCACCCAAAGAAGAUAUCUUGACAAUGGACAGAUGGAGAAAUUCAAUUAUAGGAUAUACAAUUUUUGCAGUACAAUCUUGUAUGAGUCGCACCACAGUUAACAAAGUUAAGGAGAGCACACUUUGGUCGAUUGCCAAUUUCAUCAUCUUUCAUGCGCCUCAAGUUAUAUUCCUAAUCCUACCCAGAUUCAUAUUCAACUUUUAUGUCUAUUACAUGAUGAUACUAAAGCCUAUCAUUUACACGACGAUCACACUAGAAACUGAUCCUUUGGGGAAUUUUAAUGCUAAAAUUGAGUGUCUAAUACUCUCAUUAUUUUCUUUUACAGCCAGAUUAAUAAUUUCAAAUGAUUAUUUCGCACUAUCGAACAUUAUUCCCUGCUUGGCUGUAGUGAUAUCGAACAAACUUAUCUCUACCAUGGUUUUGUCAUUACUGAAACAGAAAACAUUGUAG